AUGGUUAAAAAAGGAAAAAAGGAGGAAAAAAAAAGGAAAGAAAAAUAAGGAAAAGCUCCCAAAGAAUAUGAUCCUCCUCUAUAUGAUUUGCCAGAAUAUUAAGAUCCAGAUAUAGUGACACCUAAAGUAAAUUUAAUUAUAAAACUUGCUAACCCUAUAAAUGAAGUUUUAACGUUAAAAUUACACUAAGUGCCUAUAACUACAAGAUUAGAAUAUAUUAAAUAGAAAAUUUGCGAAAUGCAUUAAGGAGCUAUUAAUCAUAUAAAAAUUUGUAGAGAUAGGUACAGCCCAGAAGAGACUUUAGAUAAUAAUAAGACUUUAUAAUAAUGUGGUAUUGUUUAAGAAGACGAAAUUAGACUUUUUUACGAUUUUAAACCUGUAGUAAAUCCUUUACUUGUAUGAAUAUAAUUUAUUUUAUAUAUAUUUAUGUUUAAAUUUUUGUUUGUUUG